AAGAGGAGGAGUGGAGGAGAAGAGUGAAGGAGUGAAGGAGAGGACAGAGGAGGAAAAAACCAAAACACUCAGCGCUGAACGCCAUGUUGUGUUGAGGACGCACACUGGAGAAUAUAUACACACAUCUGACGCCUCGUGUCCGCAUACAGAACAUGACUCGUGAUUAUCUGUACUGGGAUCAGCUGGUGUACUUUAGUUGCUCUGCCUGAUCAGGGAUCAUUUGGAUACACGGACGAAACGAGGUUGUCGGGACUUUAUCGGGAAUAUUUUUAAUCUGACAAUAAUAAGACGGUAUUUUCAUUCUCUUUAGGUGUUGGUUAUUGAAUCUCUAUGCAUUGAAAAACAACAAGGGCUCGUUUUAUAUUCCCAUGUUCGGGAAUGAAGAUCAGGACUGUGGUUAUGUAAACCUUCAGAUUUAUUCAAACUCACGACCGUCUGGAAUCGACAUGAAUGUGGAUUUAUAUCAUGCGUGUGAUCAUAGACUCAACAUGAGAGAUGUUUCUGUGUCCAGAAGAGAAAAGUGAUCACCGAUCGAUACUGAUCGAUACUGCUGCAUAAGUUACAGUCUGGAGUGGACAUACAGCUGUCCUUUCAUGUAUAAUACAUUAUGAUUGUGUCCAUGUUUGAUAUUUUACCUAUGCAAGCAGAAACACACACACUGAGCUCCUGCCUUGGGAUUUGUCGUAUCUGUAAAACACUAAACCUUUCUUAUAGACUUACACAUUGAUCUGGACCUGUUUGCUCACAAAUACAUGCUUUUGGAGAUAUUAAAGCAGAGAGAGAAAGAGAGAGAGAGAGAGGAUUAUCAGCUUGGUGUUUGGUGGAUUCUGGCCUGAAAAUGAGGACAGACAGCAAACUAGCUUUGGCUAUAUUCCUUAUAUCCUGCUCCUCAGGUGCGAUCCUCGGGCGUUCAGACACAAAGUGUGUCUUUUAUAAUGCCAGCUGGGAAAAGGACGGUACAAACCAGAGCGGUGUGGAGACAUGUUACGGAGAGAAAGAUAAACGCCGACACUGUUUUUCUACUUGGAAGAAUCAGUCGGGAACCAUUGAGAUGGUCAAACAGGGCUGCUGGCUCGAUGAUGUCAACUGUUACAACAGCGGUGACUGUGUGGAGCGUAAGGAGAAUCUGGAAGUUUACUUCUGCUGUUGUGAGGGCAACAUGUGCAAUGAGAAGUUACAUUACAGACCCGAGAUAGAACAUACCACAUCAAGCCCUCUCCCAGACAAGCCUGAGAUGUUUCCCACAUUGUUGUACUCUCUCAUUCCCAUCAUGGCGGUUGCUGUCGUCCUCUUCAUCUCGUUCUGGAUGUACCGGCAUCUCAGACUGUCCUAUCCUCCUCUUCUCGUACCAUCACAGGAUCCAGGAAUGACGCCUCCCUCUCCGUUAUUGGGUCAGAAACCUCUGCAGCUGCUGGAGGUCAAAGCUCGGGGACGAUUCGGCUGUGUGUGGAAAGCACAACUCUUUAAUGAACCUGUAGCUGUAAAAAUCUUUCCUGUUCAGAAUAAGCAGUCAUGGCAGAAUGAAUAUGAGAUUUAUAGCGUGAGUGGAAUGAAACAUGAAAAUAUUCUUCAAUUCCUCGGAGCGGAAAAAAGAGGAAACGGAGUUGACAUUGAACUUUGGCUCAUCACUGCGUAUCAUGAGAAGGGUUCAUUGACAGAUUUUCUGAAGGCUAAUGUUGUGUCCUGGAAUGAGUUGUGUUUGAUAGCUCAGACAUUUGUGCGUGGGAUAGCAUAUUUACAUGAAGACCUACCAAACCUAAAGGACGGACACAAACCUGCCAUCGCACACAGGGAUAUAAAGAGUAAGAAUGUGCUGUUGAAGAGCGAUUUAACCGCCUGUAUUGCAGACUUUGGCUUGGCAUUGAAAUUCGAAGCAGGAAAGUCUACAGGUGAUACGCACGGACAGGUUGGGACGCGGCGAUACAUGGCUCCAGAGGUGUUAGAAGGAGCCAUCAGUUUCCAGCGGGAUGCGUUUUUAAGGAUCGACAUGUAUUCAGUGGGUCUGGUGCUGUGGGAAGUGACCUCACGGUGUACAGCGGCCGACGGUCCAGUAGAUGAGUUCUCGAUGCCUUUUGAAGAAGAGGCCGGUCUUCAUCCAUCUCUGGAGGACAUGCAAGAUGUCGUCGUGCAUAAGAAACUACGACCGAUAUUCAGAGAACACUGGCUGAAACAUACGGGUUUGGCUUUGCUCUGCGAGACUAUAGAGGAAUGUUGGGAUCACGAAUCCGAGGCGCGUCUGUCGGCCGGGUGCGUGGAGGAACGCAUCAUCUCAAUGCAGAGGAACACCAACCUCAUCGCCCCUGACGACAUCCUCUCUGUCGUCACCAUGGUUACCAACCUGGAUUUCCCCCCAAAAGAGUCCAGCCUAUGAUGCUGCACUCUUUCAGCCAAUCACGUUGUAGCGUGUAAAGACUCAUGUUAUGUGAGAGAAAAAACUGUAAACGGGCAGAACUAGGGAAACGUUUUAAACACGAGGAGGAACUCAAUGAGAUCACACCGGACCCGGACAUCUCUGUUUUCACCCAAAUGGUUUUGAUGCAUUAAGACUUUUGUUUUAUAAGAAGAGCGACUCGCGUGAUUUUAGUAUGAAAGGGCAAAACUCUUCUUGAUGUUUGUUUCUGCAAAUCAUUACAGUCGAUGCCAAUACAAGACACCUCUUUAAACAGGUAUAUACCUCAUUAUGAUUUAUUGUGCUUUUCUACACAGCUUCUACUGAAUGCAAGAACAUACAGUACAUCUCCUGGACUUCUGCUUCAUUUUUAAGGGGUCAUAUCAUCAAACAGAUUUUCCUUGAGCUAUGAACACGAAAGUCUUACAUACUGCAGCGUUGAUUUUUUUGUCAGUGUUAUCUUAGUUUUCAGUCCUGAUGACUUGAUAGUUUAACCCCUUAACUGGUGCUGUCCUGUCAGCGGGACACUUGAGUACAUUUUUAUCUAUAUAUUGUUGGAAAGGUCUAACUAUGCAUUCAUACCAGACAUGACUUAAGCAAAUAAAUUGAGCGUAGUUGGACACAUUUUGAGUUAACUCACAAAAGUAUAAAAGUAUGAAGUUGUGUCGUACAGCUCCGGGUGUCCGCAUACAGCGACGAUGAUUUUGACCUCAAUUGUUGUUUCGUAUUUCUGCCUCCGCUCACUACGCCGUAAUCACGUCAAUACUAGAGAAAGCUCCUAAUUGGUUAACUGGAUGCUGUAUCUGCCAAAGACAUGAUUUUUCAACUUGCGCGGUUUGCGUCAAGCGCCCGAAAUGCCUAAUUUGUGCCGCAGGAUGUCUAUCGUGCCUUUUUAUUUACUUAACAUGUAAAUCACUUGCACGCCAUUCGCAUCUGGUACGAAUGCACCAUAAGAAUGUAGUUUUCAUAUUUUAAAACCUUUUAGCAGUAAUAAUAAUAAUGCAGUGACAGUCAUUUAUUCAUUUGUGACAAGAGUAUGCAGCAAACCGUUGACACCUAGUGGCCGUUGUCGGUAAAACUACUAAAAAGCAAGAACAUGAUUAGGCUUCUAGACCAAUGCCAGAGUUACUGUAUAUUAAUUUGAAGGUGUACAUCACCUCUUCACCCCCCACCACCCAGAGAUUAAGAGAUUAAAACAGAUUCUGACUGACAGUAACCCAGACAGCAGACGAAUCCGUGCCAUAUCCGUGCCAAAGUCGGCAGCUGUGGUGCAGUUCCGGCCCAGAGUCGUGUGCUGUCAUGGAAACCAUCAACUCGAAACAUACUUUGGGCACGCUUGGUACUAUUUUCACACACUAAUUUUGUGCUUGAUAUACAAACAAUCUUAAGUAUCCAUCCCAGAGUCUGUUGUUAUCUGGAAAGUGUUCUCGGCUACUAUUCUGAGGCCAUUAUUUCGGUACACUAGAAGUCAAUUUACGUAUUGUUGGUAGUUAGUUAACUUUUAUCCCCCAAGUACACUGAAUUAGUCAAACUAUACUUAGGGCUGUCACAAUGAUUAAAUAAUUGUGUUAUCGUGAUUGUUUUACCUCAUUGUGAUGAUUUCAAAUCACCACAAUGAUUGCACAUCUCUCUAAAAAACACAAGGGGGAGCUGUAGCGCCUGUAUAAACGAGAUGGUAUUAGAUGCCGUUCCUUAACUGACAGUGUACUGUAAUGGAUUAAAUGUCAAAACAAUAAAACAGACAAUUAAUCAUCAUAACCGGCAAAGCCCUAAAACAGGCAAUUAAUCGGCACAAUUUAUUAGGCAAUUAUCCGUCAGCCAAAUUUCAAAAUUGUGACAGCCCUAACUACACUUUAAAAAGUGUAUUUGUAGUGUAUAACUUUUACACUAUUACUUAGCACAAACAGUAACAAUGUACUACAAAUGUACUUGCUGGUAUUUAAGUAUAUUUGUAGUACAUACUAUUUUUUUACUUGGUACAACAGCAAAACACUGUGAAUUAUGUCACAUGUGAAGAAAUCAAAGCACUAGAAAAGGUCAGUAAAGAUAACAAAUUAGGAAGACAAAAACUUAACAUCCUAAGUGGAAAUCAAGGAAAACUGACGUAUGAUACGACCCCUUCAAACACACAAUCAUAUCACAUCUCCUCCUGUCAUUAUAAAUCAGUAUCUAUCUCUCUCUGUGAAACACUACAGCAGUAUUCAGGACUCUGCAAUUAUGCAACAAACAUGCAGAAACACUUGCGACUGUAGCAUUCAGAGUCUAAAGCUGUUUAUUUAUUUCAUUAAUAAUGUGAUUAUAAACUCAUUACUGUGAAAUCAAACGUCGCUUGUUUUUGCCCUUGACGUAUUAACAGACAAACCGACUCUUGGUGUUGAAAGUAGAUUUUGUAAGACAUUUCAGAUCAGUAAAUCCCCAACACACACACACACACACACACACACACAGUACAUGAUAUGAAUAAUGUAAAUUUGACUGUUGGUUUUAAAUGAUUAGACUAGCAUGAUGUUGCUCUGUGCUUUUUUGUGUCACUAAUCACAAACAGUUGUUUAUAAAGAAAUUACUCCAUACCAUCA